UCAGGAGAGGAGGGGAGGCGGGUGCUUCGCGGGGCUGCUAUUCGUCCACCACAACAAACAGCGCUUCGGUCGAAUGACAAAUACCCAAUAGACAAAAGAGCGGAUAAACGACACACGGACACACCAUGGGCUCGUCCCGCUCCCGUACGGCCAAGCCCGGCGACGACGGCCAGGACGCGCUCACGACCAACGCCGAGUCCACGGACACGCACGGCGAGGAGGACGGGAAGCAUGGAGACGUGUCUCAGUUCCCCUACGUCGAGUUCACCGGGCGGGACAGCGUCACCUGCCCCACGUGCCAGGGCACCGGCAGAAUACCGCGGGGACAGGAAAACCAGCUUGUGGCUCUGAUUCCAUACAGCGACCAGCGACUCAGACCAAGCAGAACGAAGCUGUACGUCACCAUCUCGGUGUCCAUCUGUCUGCUGCUGUCCAGCCUGGCCGUCUUCUUCCUGUUCCCCCGCACCAUCGACGUCUCCUACGUGGGCGUCAAGUCGGCGUUCGUCUCCUACGACUCGGACCAGAGGAUCGUCUUCCUCAACAUCACGAACACUCUGAACAUCACCAACAACAACUACUACGCCAUCUCCCUGACCAACAUCACGGCCCAGGUCCAGUUCUCCAAGACGGUGAUCGGCAAGGCCAGGAUCAACAACAGUACCAUGAUCGCACCGCUGGGCAAGCAACAGAUCGACUACACCGUUCCCACCACCAUCGCCGAUGAGAUGAGCUACAUGUUUGAUUACUGCACCUUGCCGUCCAUAAGAGUCCACAACAUCGUGGUCAUGAUGCAGGUUACCGUGACGACGUCGUACUUCGGCCACGCGGAGCAGGUGUCCCAGGAGAUGUACCAGUACGUCGACUGCGGGGGGAACACCACCUCCCUGCACGGGCACGUGCAGGUCUACAAAUGAGCAGCGACGCCCAGGGAGCGGGUACCAUGAUAACGGGUGCCAUGGUAACGGGUGCCAUGGUAGCUGGGACCAUGGUAACGGGUCCCAUGGGAGCGGGUACCAUGGUAAUGGGUCCCAUGGUAACGGGGCCCAUGGUACCCGCUACCAUGGUACCAUGUUACCACGCUACCGGGUACCAUGUUAAAGGGUACCAUGGUAACAAGUUCCAAGGGUUCCUGUUACCAUUGCAGCCGGCCCCAUGGUUACAUUUAACAGGGAAACAAACCGGGUCGAUUUUAUUUUUGCAGGGUUGUUUUGAUAUUCUAAAAAAAGUGAGCUAAACACUGAAAAUCCAUCUGAUUUCUGAUUGGACGGCUCGGUGUCAUGGGAUUUCACCAGCAUUGUCUUUUUGUGCGGGAAGCGACAUCACAGGGUUUUCAUUCUGAGCCAAUCAGAGAAGAGGGUGGCCUUAAAGAACAAAUCCGGUGUAAAAUGGACCUGGGAUGUGUUUAGUAUGAUAACGAGUUGGAAUGUUCGUUUGGGAGCAAAAAAGCGCGUAUUCUUAAGUUGGCUG